AUGCCGUCAAAUCAUAGCUCAGUCUGUACUCACCAGUCGAUCUGUUUUGAUUGCUCUCGUCAUGCAGCACAGGCAGGCUUCGAAAGACCUGGUCUGGAAGAGCGUGUCUCUGCACAGAAAGAAGAAAAUGAGUCAACUCAAUCACUAUCUGAGGACAAUCCUGAAGCAUUUCCUGCUCCGUUGGUGCUACCUGGUGAUGAGAUUGCUGAAGAUCCUGAAUAUCCGUCCCAAUCUUUCCAGGAGUGGCUAGAUAAAGAGGAUCGCAACCCAGUCAAUACUCAACGCAAAAUCGUUUAUGUGGCUCCUCCACCGCAAAUUGAUGAUUCCGUCGAGUUUCUGCGAUCAUUGGUUCAGCCGCAACAACAUGACAAGGGGCCACGAGCACAGUCUCCCCACCAUGAAGACGUACACGGAUAUGUGUCUGCAUUCUAUCAUGGCCUUCCGGUCAAGCUUCUGCCUCAAUCGACACUCCGUCUUGUUUCAUGGGAUUCUGGGAGAAAGCCAUCCAAAACUGCACCUAGCACCAAGCCGGCGAGACCAAGAUACGUCGGGCUACAGACAACCCAGGAAUGUGUUCGAAUUCGUCUUCGUCCCUCCAAAGAUGGCGUCUUUCAAGGACAACUGAAUUUGAAUGACCUCCUAGAUGCUGCGAUUAGUAUGCUGCCGAGAGAUGCAUACGCACUCCUUUUAUUGGUUCAUCAUGACAUAUACGAAGAUGAGAAUGACGACUUUUCCUGUGGCCGCGCUUACGGAGGAAGCAGGGUGGCUGUUGUGUCGAGUGCUCGAUACAAUCCAGGUUUGGACGAGUUGGAAUCUGUUGAACGUCUGCAUGCCUGGCCCGCAUCACAUUGCGGUAGCUAUAUUACCCGUUUUUGCGAUGCAGCAGAGGAGGACUUGAGAGGAAACCAUUCAAUCAAAUCAAAGAAGCCUAGAACCAAGAAAUCCAAACUGCCGGCCGUUUCUCCUGGAUCUGGGGCCGGUCCCAUGGAUGCCGCGGUGUCGGUCCACCGAUCUUUGCCCACAGAGAACAUGACAGCGGUCUCAUUAUCUGCACUUUGGCUCGGUCGCUUUUGCCGCACAGCAUCUCAUGAGCUGGGCCACUGUUUUGGUAUUGAUCACUGCAUGUACUACGCUUGUUCCAUGCAGGGAACUGCCUCGGUGGGCGAAGACGCAGCCCAGCCACCCUAUCUUUGCCCUGUCGAUUUGGCCAAGGUUUUGCAUGCCACUUCCGGUGAUGUAGUCGACAGAUAUAGAGCGCUUCUGGCAUUCUGCGAACGGCCGGGCAACAAAAAGGCGCAUAUCUUCGCGCCAUUUGGAGCCUGGAUCCGGGCGAGAGUGAAACAACUCAAUGUCAACAAUGAUGACAGCUGA